UACCAGUUAAUAGGCUACUGCUGAAAGUAAGACAGUUAGUGCAUCAUUUUACAUUCAAGAACCUCUUAUCAAUCAAGAUCUGGAAAGCAAAACAAAGAGCCUUGAAGUGCAGCCACUGUCUACAUCUGAUAGGAAAAGGCAUCACUAAGAUAUCAUCAUGUCAGAUGGAGUAAACGCCACCGCCCUGCAUGAUGGGGUAAAUACCUCUUCCCUGUAUGAUCGGGUAAAUGCAUACUACGACUAUUCAGGCUAUUACGACGGAGUAGAGAAUGCAACUACUCCUUGCGACAAUGCUAAUUUGGUGAAUUUCAGCCAACUGUUUCUGCCCACUCUCUAUAGCUUGGUUUUCGUCCUUGGCUUCAUAGGCAAUGGCCUGGUGUUGUGUGUCCUGAUGAAGCAUCGCAACCAGACCAACUUGACAGACAUGUGCCUUUUCAACCUGGCUCUCGCCGACCUCAUCUUUGUCCUCACGCUGCCUUUCUACUCUCACUUCUCCGUGGUCGGUGAAUGGACUUUCGGAGACUUUAUGUGCCAUUUCGCCUCAGGCACCCACAACACUGGGUUCUUCAGCAGCAUCUUCUUCAUGGUGGCCAUGACGCUUGACCGCUACAUGGUUAUCAUGCAUGCUCACAAGGUGGCCCGAUAUCGCACCAUGAGAUCAGGCAUCGCCCUGACCGUGGUUGUCUGGAUGCUGAGCUUUUGCAUCUCUCUGCCGGAUAUCAUCUUCACAAAGGUGGUAAAUGAGUCUACCAGGCUGACUUGCGAAUACUCCCCAGAAAAUGAUUACUGGAGAACUUAUAACACAUUCACAAUUAAUGUGUUGGGUCUAGUGUUUCCUCUGCUGGUGAUGAUAGUUUGCUACUCCAGGAUCAUCCCCAUACUGAUGAAAAUGAAGAGUGCUAAAAAGCACCGUGUCGCCAAGCUGAUCCUCUUGAUUGUGAUUGCCUUUUUCUUAUUUUGGGUCCCAUAUAACAUUUCCCUGUUCUUGUGGUUUCUAAUGUCAAAAGGGCUAUUGUCAAACGGAUGCAGCAUUGGUGCCAAUUUGAGGCUGUCAAUAACGGUGACUGAGACCUUGGCUUACACUCACUGCUGCCUGAACCCCAUCAUAUACGCCUUUGUGGGACAAAAGUUCAUGAAGCGAGCUGUGUUGCUGUUGAGGAAAUAUGUGCCUGUGGUUCUUCUGCCUUCCAACCGAGGCUUGUCAGAUAGCUCUUACAGGAAAAGCUCAGUCGUAUCUAGGUCCACUGAAGUCAACGCCAUCAUGUAAAAGGUUUAGGGCAGGUUAGGUUAUGGUUUUAUGGACCAUGAAGUCGACAUGUAUUUUUCAAAUUGCCAUCUUUGACUGUUUUUCAUCAGUAUUGUGACAUUUUCAUAAACUGCUUGUAUGUUGACAUAUUAUUUUCUUAAGUUUUUGAUUUUAAAUGCACUGGAAUAUUCUCAACCAUUCAGUUUAAGAUGUGUAUACUCAUCAAGGGGGCUCUGAUCAUCAUGUUUUACAUUAUCCAAUACAAUCUUUUUCUUGUUGAAUAUUGACUAUAACACAUGAAAAUGUGUUUGUCUGUGAUAAGAUUAUGAGAUAAACAUUCAUAUUGUAUGGAAAAGCUGUCGCUUAAAAGGAAACCAAUUUAUCUUCAAUAACAUCAAAUUGUUUUUCUACCUUUGCUUGUGGAAACAGUUUCUCAUUCAUUAUGUUUGAUCAAUCAAAACCACAAAGUAAAACUAACACAGGGUGAUGUCAAACCUUUUGAGCUGUACAAGGAUUUAAAUCUGUCGACAAAUCAACUCGUCAUACACACACACAUCAUUUUUCAUAAUUCUCAACAUUGUAAAUGUUUAAAGUAAAGUGUUCAUAUUUUGUUUUUAUACUAUAUACCUUUUGUUGUCUUGGUAUUUCACUGCAAUUUGAGAUAUUAUUGGAAAAAAAUGUAUACAUUAGUAUACAUUCAUUCACAUAUUGGGUUUUUACUGCACAUUGUAGCUUGCUUAGUGCUAUUGUAAUGUAAUACUCACAAGAUAAUGACAGACUGCUUCUAUAAUAAACACAUUCAUUCCUAUUA